CUUCGACCACGUAUUAGGAACUUUUUCAGAGAGUUUAUUGUUAGAUAAAUCCAUAAGCUUACGUUUAGGAUGGUUGACUAGUCGAGGCAGGCAUCUUACAAGAAAGGUUUGCAUUAUUACUUUUAAGAUUUACCAAUUCGGAUAAAUACCCAAGCUGGUAUGGAAUUCUACCAGUGUUCACAUUUCCUCCCAAAAACAAAUCUUGAAAUUCUUUCAAAAAACUAAUGGUCAAAGGAAAUCGACCAGAUAGGGAAUUUACAGUCAAGCUCAAAAGCUUAUGCUCGGAGAAUCUGCCGUAGGUGCGAGGGAUUUCCCCAGCAAAACGAUUUCCACUAAGAUCGAGGUACUCAAGUUUCUUUAGUCAGACAAUCUGUUUUGGAAGAGGAUCCGAAAAGAGAUUUGAACUUAAGUUCAAGAAUUUGAGGUGUGCAACGGGUGGGCAUAGCUCAAUUGGUAGCAAAGGAGUGCCACAAGUGUUAGGUCCCGAGUUCGAAUCCCGGCAACUGCGAUGAGGGAUUACUAUGUUAAAAAUGCAUAGGGCCUCUGCAAGUACACAGAGCCCCACUCUCUAUCUGUCAGAUUGAGAUUAUAGUACAACUUACAUCCUCUCAACGUACCGUCCAGUCGGGGUUGGGGAUCCUCAGGGAUGAGGUGUCAUCUUUUUUAAGAAUCGGAGGUGUGCAAAUUCGCAAAAGUCGUGUGGUAGGCUACCAGAUUGAUUUCUGUGUGAGAUGUUUAUCAUGAUGAUAGAUCAUUCGUUUUGUCACAUGUCACCCCAUAUGAUGAACACCAAUCGUGUGGAGUGAGUGUGAGAAGAAUUGAAAUAUCUGUAGCAUGUGAAUGCCCAACUAUGCUAAGAGAUAUUAAUAUUGGAAGUAAUAAUAUUAAAACAAUUUUGUUUUGAGUACACACUUAUCAUACACACAUACACACUAUAAAUAGCCUAAAAAAUUACCAUCUUUUUUAUCCCCUCUCCUACCACACAUGCAAAACAACCCCACCCUCCCUCCUCCCUUCCCGCUUCUUAAUUUCUUUCUUCUUCCCGCAACAGAACCCCGUUUCCCGCAGCAGCACACCCACUUCUUGCUUUCUUUGUUCUUGUCUUCAAACCAAUGGAUUUUGGUGGUAUUGUGAACGAAACCAUCAUUGAUACUAUCGUGGAUGACUUUUUGGCCGAUUGGGAUAACACGAUCGGUGGUUCUCGAGUUGAAGGACAAAUUCCGGUGGCGGCGGAAGUUGACGGCGACUCGGCGGCCGCCGCCAUGGACGACGUCCCUGAGCUUGAUGGAGAAAUUCAGCAAAAUGAGAGUGACGUUGGUUCUAUAAGACUAUAAAUGCUCCGGAGGUUGGUAUGGAAUUUGAUAGCAAAGAAACGGUGUAUGAUUUUUACAAAAUAUAUGGGAAGCGUUUAGGGUUUACCGUAAGAACUAGGAGUACCACCAAACACAAAAUGGGGUGGAUAUAGUUGGAGUGUUACUAGAGUGUUCUCAUGCCGCUAGUAGAUCUAGUAGGUCAAAAAAUCAAUUGAAGCCUCAACCUUCAAUGCAAAUGGGGUGCAGAGCAAGAAUACGAGCACACACAAAUUAUGAGGGAUGUUGGGAAAUAUCAAAAAUCUUCCAUGAUCAUACCCAUCCCAUGAGCCCAACGAAGGCUCGCCUAUUCCGGUGCCAUAGGACUUUAACUCCCCAAGCAAUGAGGCAAAUUGCAAUCAACGAUGUGGCCGGAAUACGACUUCAUAAGACCUUCAAUGCAGCCGUUGUUGAAGCCGGUGGAUAUGACCAACUUCCUUUUAUUGAAAAAGAUUGUAGAAACUACAUUCAAGAGGUAAGACAACUUAGGUUAGCGAGUGGUGAUGCCAUGGCAAUUCAAGAGUUCUUUGCUAAAAUGCAAGCUCAAUGCCCCAGAUUUUCUUUGUCCUUGAUUUAGAUGACAAAUCUCGAUUGCGUAAUGUGUUUUGGGCCGACAACCGAUGUAGAUAUGCGUACAAAGAGUUUGGAGAUGUCAUCACUUUUGACACGACCUACCUCACGAAUCGUUAUCACAUGCCUUUUGCACCUUUUGUGGGAGUUUAUCAUCACGGUCAAUCAAUUUUGCUUGGAUGCGGAUUAAUCUCUAAUGAUGAUACACAAACAUUCGUAUGGCUCUUUAAAGCAUGGCUAGAGUAUAUGGAAGGACAUGCUCCAAUGGGCAUUAUUACGGACCAAGACCGUGUAAUGCAAAACGCCAUCCAAAUUGUUUUCCCAAAUACAAGACAUAAAUGGUGUUUAUGGCAUAUUAUGAAAAAGGUACCGGAAAAAAUGGGAGGAAUUACAGGAAAAAAAAAGAAAUCUUGGAUGUUAUUCACGAAUCGAUUUAUGACUCUCAAUAUGUUCCAGAAUUUGAGCAAAGGUGGAAGGACAUGAUACAAAGGUAUUCCCUUGAAGACCAUGAAUGGCUUGCAGUGAUGUACAAUGAACGACACCGGUGGGUACCAUGUUUCUUAAAGCCAAGCUUCUGGGCGGGUAUGUCUACCACUCAACGAAGUGAAAGUAUCAAUGCUUUUUUCGAUAACUUUGUGAAUUCGAAAACUACUCUUAAACAAUUCGUUGAACAAUACGGACGUGCACUACGAAGUAAGGCAGAAAAAGAAUUUCACGCCGAUAAAAGUUCGUUUGCAAAAACGAUUCCUUGUGUUACAUCAUUUGAAAUGGAAGAACAAGUCCAAGAAAUUUACACCCUAGCGAAGUUUAAGGAGUUUCAAGAUGAACAUGUAGGUACAUUAUAUUGUGAUCUCCUACAAAGCGAAGGUGAUAGAAAAUUUAAUGUAAAGGAGGUCCGAAAGAUUAAUGGGUUUCGAAAGACCAUUAACUUUGUUGUAGAAUAUGAGCCAUUGAUUACUUUUGGAAUAUGUAGUUGUCACUUAUUCGAAUUUAGAGGUACGGUUUGUAGAAACUUGAUUGUGGUCUUACUUUGCCUUGGAUUGGAGCUCUUGCCCGAGGUCUACCUAUUGAAAAGAUGGAGGAAAGAUGUUAAAAGAGCGUACACGAACGUGAAAAUCAAUUACGAUGGGUGGAUCACAACGGUGGAAAAAGAACGCUUUCGUAAGUUGUGCAAGACAUUUGAAUCUCUUGCAAACAUGAUUGCGGAUGAUGAUGAGAAGUACCAAAGUGUUCUUCUUUGGUUGGAGUCUCAAUUGUCCACAUAUACUCCUCUCCAAGUUCAUCCUUCUUCCAUAUGUGGCAACCUUACAUCUAUCCCAUAAGCGAGCACUAGUGUGCAAGGUGAGGUUCCAAAAAUCAUCGGAGAUCCGAAGUGUGCAAAGCGUAAGGGUGCACCGAGGAAAAACCGCCAAAAAGGACCAUUGGAGAAGGGGAAGAAGAAAUCAAAUGCUAGGACCAACAAUGCAAGUACCCCACAACUGACCUCUCAAGAUGGCAAUGGACAAGGUGGACUUAAUGACAUGAUGAAUUGUAGUGGUUUAGAUUUAAAUCUUAGUUUGAUGUAAAUGUGCAU